CACGUGACGGCGGCGCCGCAGCCGGAAGCGGGAACGCAGCGGCUGCCGGCCAGGGGUGAUGACAUGGCCUCUGCGAGCUCCAGCAGGGCCAGGGCAGGGCCACCCUGCGAGAAGUCCCAGCUCUCUGUGAAAGUGGUGUCCGUGAAGCCCAAGGCCCACAGCCGACAGUCACGGAUGAACUGCUACGUGGAGGUGGCGGGCGAUGGGCUGCCCAGCGAGACCAAGAAGACGGGAAAGCAGAUGGGGAGCUCUGAGCUGCUGUGGAAUGAGAUCCUCAUCUUGAAUGUCACGGCUCAGAGUCACCUGGACCUGAAGGUGUGGAGCUGCCAUACGUUGAGGAACGAGCUGCUGGGCACCGCCUCCGUCAGCCUAUGGAACCUGCUCAAGAGUGGUGGGAAAUUGGAGAACAGGCAGCUGACCCUGAACCUGCAGACGGAGAACAAAGGCAGCGUUGUCUCCGGUGGAGAGCUGACGAUUUUCCUGGAUGGGCCGGCUGUUGAUCUGGGAAGCCUGCCGAAUGGCAGUGCUGUGACAGAGGGUGAGUGCCGCCCGGCUCCGCGUGCAUGCAGCAGCUCUGUGCACGAGGCGGUGAGCAGCGGCGGGGAGAGGAGCGGGGCUGACAGCACGGCCCCCAGCACCCCUGAGCAAACAUCUGAGUGCCGACAGCCACCUGCUCCCCCAGGGUCCCAGGUGCCUGGACGGGACCCCGGCAGCAUGGCUGCAGCCACGGAGAGCAGACAUCAGUCUGCCACCACAAACUGCUUUGGGAGCAGAUCAAGGACGCACCGCCUCGCCGCUGGGGCCUCCAGGCAGGGUGCGGGCAGCGGGGAGCAAAGUCCUAACGCACGGAGCCGGCACCGGCAGCCACCCAAGAGCCCAACAGCCAGCAGCAUGGCCAACGGCACCGCCAGCAGCACCGUGAACGGCGAUGUGGUGGGAGCUGCGGACAUGGAAGAGGAAAGGCCAGCUGUGGGGACAGCCACGCUGGCUGCGGCGACAUUGAACACAGCUGAGGGCUCUGUUGCUGCAUCCACCCUUCCUGCCCUGCCUGGCUCCACAGAAGCUGAGGAGGCAGCACCCAGCACCCCGCAGGCACGGACAGCAGUGCAGGCUCAGGACUCUCUGCCCCCCGGAUGGGAGCAGCGGGAGCUGCCAAACGGUAGAGUCUACUAUGUAGACCACAACAACAAGACCACCACGUGGGAACGACCGCUCCCGCCAGGGUGGGAAAAGCGCGUGGACCCCAGGGGCCGCUAUUACUACGUGGACCACAACACCCGCACCACCACGUGGCAGCGCCCCACGGCCGAGUACGUCCGCAACUACGAGCAGUGGCAGUCCCAGCGCAGCCAGCUGCAGGGAGCCAUGCAGCAGUUCAGCCAAAGAUUCCUGUACCAGCCGUCCGGUGUCCCGUCUGACAAUGAUCCUCUCGGUCCCCUUCCUCCUGGCUGGGAAAAGAGACAGGACAACGCGCGGGUGUAUUACGUGAACCACAACACGCGGACCACGCAGUGGGAAGACCCUCGCACACAGGGGAUGAUCCAGGAGCCACCCUUGCCUCCUGGCUGGGAGAUGAAGUACACCAAUGAGGGUGUGCGCUACUUUGUGGACCACAAUACGCGCACCACCACCUUCAAGGACCCACGGCCAGGAUUUGAGUCUGGGAGCAAGCAGGGUGGAUCACCGGGUGCCUAUGACCGGAGCUUUCGCUGGAAGUACCACCAGUUCCGCUUCCUUUGCCACUCCAAUGCCUUGCCCAGCCACGUGAAGAUCAGUGUUUCCCGACAGACUCUCUUUGAGGACUCCUUCCAGCAGAUCAUGAACAUGAAGCCCUAUGACCUGCGACGCCGCCUCUACAUCAUCAUGCGUGGUGAGGAGGGCCUGGACUACGGCGGCAUCGCCAGGGAGUGGUUCUUCCUCCUGUCCCACGAGGUGCUCAACCCCAUGUACUGCCUCUUUGAGUAUGCCGGCAAGAACAACUACUGCCUGCAGAUCAACCCUGCCUCCUCCAUCAACCCUGACCACCUCACAUACUUCCGCUUCAUCGGCCGUUUCAUUGCCAUGGCUCUGUACCACGGGAAAUUCAUUGACACCGGCUUCACGCUGCCCUUCUACAAACGGAUGCUGAACAAGCGACCCACUCUGAAGGACCUGGAAUCCAUUGAUCCAGAGUUCUACAACUCCAUCAUCUGGACCAAGGAGAACAGCCUGGAGGAGUGUGGCCUGGAGCUCUACUUCAUCCAGGACAUGGAGAUCUUGGGCAAGGUGACCACCCAUGAGCUGAAAGAGGGCGGCGAGAGCAUCCGGGUGACAGAGGAGAACAAGGAGGAGUACAUCAUGCUGCUGACGGACUGGAGGUUCACACGGGGUGUGGAGGAGCAAACCAAGGCAUUCCUGGACGGCUUCAACGAAGUGGUGCCACUCGAGUGGCUGCGGUACUUUGAUGAGAAGGAGCUGGAGCUGAUGCUGUGCGGCAUGCAGGAGAUCGACAUGAACGACUGGCAGAAGAACACCAUCUACCGGCACUACACCAAGAACAGCAAACAGAUCCAGUGGUUCUGGCAGGUGGUGAAGGAGAUGGACAACGAGAAGAGGAUCCGCCUGCUGCAGUUUGUGACUGGAACGUGCCGCCUGCCUGUCGGGGGCUUCGCAGAGCUCAUUGGCAGCAACGGGCCUCAGAAAUUCUGCAUCGAUAAAGUUGGCAAAGAGACGUGGCUGCCUCGGAGCCAUACGUGCUUUAACCGCUUGGAUCUGCCUCCGUACAAGAGCUAUGAACAGCUGAAGGAGAAGCUGCUGUAUGCCAUUGAGGAGACGGAAGGCUUUGGCCAGGAGUGACGGAGCCCUGCUGCUCUCCCAGCAGCUCCGGCGGUGCUCGCAGCACUGCUGCCUGUGGGAUGGUGCGGGUGGUGCUGAUUCUGUUCUCUUGUUCCUGUGUGAGGUCUGCACACACAGCCCUGGGGCAGUAUCCAUGUGUCCUUCCCAACCCAAACUGAAGUUGGGAGGGGAAAGUGGGAGCGAAAGCCCAGCCCUGCUCAGCCUGGGGCUGAGGAAGGGCCAAACCCAGCCUUGUGCACACAGUGUGCACCACAGCUCCUGUCCCUUCGCCGGGACACGGGGACAUGGGUGCUGCGUGGGGCUGUGGGCUGCACUCCCUGUCCCAGAGGCUGCUUCAUGUUAGUGGGAUUGUCCCUGCUUGUGGGAAAUGGCUGUGCACCUGGAAAUGGACACAAGCAGCUUCUGACUGAGGUGCUGAAGCCAAGCCCCAAGGUUCUCUGCAGUUUAUUUUGCCCCUCUCCCUGAAGCAGUACUCAGCUCUUCCCCAUGUGGCACAGAGCCACUGAUGGACUCCAGCCCUGACUGAAGGAGCCAGGCUGGGGCUUUUCCCAGGCUUAGUUAAAGGAGAUCUGGUUUAGGUGUAGGCUAUCCCUCCUGUUAUUUUUUCAGCCUUCCUGUGGCGUUUCAGUAGAUAAUUAAGGAUGAGAAGUGGCUCUUGAGCUGACUCAGGUGCUCAUAAAGAUAUAUUUGUGUUUGGGCCAUAUCUUGCUCCCAGCAAGGUACUUGGAUGUCUGCAAUGGGGGCUGUAGGGUGCAGGCAGGGCUGGGCCUGGCACCAUGCUCCACCUUGCUACUAUGUUUUGAGGUGCCAGUGUGCAGUGCAGCCCUGUGCUGUUUGGUAUUUAGAGCAAGUGCUGGGAGCUGGUGCUCUGCAGCUUGUGCGAGGCUCGACCACCCCUAUGUGCUGUGCCAGGAGUUUCCAGAGCUGUGAUAAGGGCAGGAUCAGGCCGUGCCCACAACCCAGGGUGAAGGGCCAUGGUGUCCUGGCCGUGGCUCUAGGACAGGGCCCUGGUGAGCAAGCACUGGUGUGUGUAUAUCUGUACAUAAAUGAAAUCGUGGACACAAAGCUCUGCAAUAGCUUCUGACCAAUAACUGGAGCAUUUUGUACUGCACCAUCCUGCCUCAGUGAUGCCGAUUUCUUGUGCAAUAAAAGACAAGCAGCUCUC